AGAUAAUCAAGUAAGUAAGCAAGCACAAACAAACCCCAUUCAUCCAAGUCUCCAAAGCUAAGAUGUUUAGUGUCAUAUUAGCUUGUUUUUCUCUCCUAGCUAGUGGACUUAACGCUUUGUUAGGAGACCGAAAUCUGUUUCAACCUAUCCCAAGAGAUAAUUCCACACAUGUAGAUACGGUAAAUUUUCUUACAUGUUUGUCCGCGUUUGGUUUUCCAGGCAACACUGUUAUAGCCACUGACGAUACACAAUUACUAGCGGUUGUAAGCAAUAGGACCGAAACUGAUACUGAUACCCUCGAUCCCGUAACGUUGAGGUGCUAUCAAUUGUUUGCUUACGGGCUGUUUUUUACACACUAUAAGUAUGACCACUUCCCAUAUGAUGAAAUACGUCCUGUUACCUCCUUAGAGGACGCGUUAGUUAAUCCAGAUUCGCUACCUGAGUUCAUUCGAAAUAAGCCUAGACGCAGUUCAGACCAGAACAAGCACAUCAAUCUGGAAUUGUAAACGAGGAAAAUACACUGCUUAUCAUAAUAUGUUUAUGCCACAAGACACGGGGUGCAGUAGUAACGAGCAGUUUAUGACGCCCUCAGACUGUAUGUCAAGAUGUCAAGAUGACUUGAAGAAUCCAUUUUAUGCCUACCAAGCUAAAUAAGAUUGACACUUAGUCGUUUCAUUUAGUUAAUCAGAUCCUUGGACAUAAUACUAUCCUUCUACGUAGUACUAAGUUGUUCAAUUUCAAUAAACAAUUCUGUAAUUGUACUUAUUACUUCCACUCGAUUUACAUUCUCAUAACGUGUGAGAUUUCUCCCAUGACACCCGUGAUACUAUGGCAGUUCAAAUAUAUGUAUAUAUAUAUUUAUAUAAAAUACAAUUGAAUACUCUCGAAGUAUAAUUCAGUAACAAAAAAAAAAAUACUUGCAACAACAAUGCAAACUUGUACAAUAAAAUCCUUU